AUGUCGCGAAGCCCAGUGUCGGCAAGCCCUAUCUAUGAGCCGCUCAAGAGGUCAGACGAUGAUGAUUACAACCCGGACCUGAACACCGAAUCGCCGAGUUUAAAAGGCUCUCCUAUUUCUGCAACAUCGAAACAACAUGGGGAAAGAGCCGAGAACGAGUCACAGAAAUCGUUUGAUAACGACUGGUAUGUCUGGGAAUUCCUGGGAGUCGCGAUAUCUGGUGGCAUCCUAAUUGCCACGGUCGUCGUCCUUGCUUCGUAUAACAACGCACCUGAACCGAAGUGGAAGUACAUGUCUCUCAACUCGUUAAUUUCCUGGCUGAGCACCAUUUCAAAGGGUUGCUUAAUAUCUGCCAUCAGUGGGGUGCUAGGCCAGUUGAAGUGGACAUGGUUCAAGCAGACAUCGCGACCCCUACCGGACCUCCGUCGAUUUGACACAGCGAGUCGAGGAUUUUAUGGCGCUAUUCAGCUGAUAUGGAGAUUACGUGCUAGGCAUUUUGCGGUAUGGAGCUGCUUGGCUGUUAUCCUGGCGCUGGGAUUUGAUCCCUUUGUGCAGAACCUAGUCCACUAUCAACAAAAAAUGGUCGUGGAUUCAUCGAAAACUGCUUUAGUGGCAAAUUCAUCCACAUACAGUGCUUACGGCUUUCAAUAUGUGCUUGCAGGUAGUGGAGAUACAAGAAUGGUCGAUUCUGAACUCAAAUCGAAUGUAUACAAUUCUCUUCUAAACCGCGACCAAAAGAGGCCUUGGGCUAUCCCUCAGUAUUCCUGCAGCUCAGCCAAUUGCACCUGGGGUGUUGUCGCAUCGUUAGAAACCCGCGCACUCUGCGCAAACAUUACUGAGCAUCUCGAUAAGUCAUGUACAGUGACCGAUAAAUCUCUCUUUUCGGAAACGCGCUGCAAUAUCACACUCCUCAAAAGCAACGUAAAAGCAUCCUUUCAGCAGGACGGAUCGACAACUUCCCUAUUUUAUGCGUUCGUCAGCUCUGCAGUCGAUCCUGAAGCAGCCCUGGUAUAUACCAAUGCGACAAUGUAUCCAAUACAGUUUAUUACUCCCCGACUCGCAAAUAUCUCAGUGCUUGCUGAUCCAAUUAUUAACCAAAACUUGUCAUUGAGCGCCGACGGAUGGGAGGCAACGGAAUGCGUCAUUGAGCCUGUCGUACGCCUUUCUAGGCCCUCCGUUCGGAACAAUGUCUUCACCGAUGACACACUAGCGAUCUGGAACACUGCGACCGUACCCAAUGACGCGACAGGAUGGUACUUUUAUCCGCCAUGGGGCGAUGAUAUGGGUGUGCAACCCAACCAAACCUUUAUACUUGAGAGGGAAGCAGAAUAUGCUAUCAGGACGUUUUUAUGGAACAUUUUGAGUGGCGGAUUCUCGCACACUCCAAUACAUCAAGCAUAUCAAACGACAUAUGACACGAUGGGAUAUGCCGCAUCCGACAUCCUUCAGGCCCUUGGCCGGGAAGAUAUUGUUGGAUGUAGUACUGAGUCAGCGAUCAGGUUAAGAUGCGCUAUGGAAAACAUUGCGGCAGCAAUCUCCAAGACUUUUCGAGACUCCAUGUACAUCCAGGCAGCUUCGAACCUGGAAAACGCGAAUAUGACACCCGGUCAUGUUCUGACUAGUGUGACGUAUGUCUCGGUUCACUGGCAAUGGAUUGUAUUACCAGCGCUUGUUUGGAUACUCGGGGCCGUCGCGCUGGUAGGCACUAUCUGGAAGACACGGCGGACGGGAGUGCCUAAGUGGAGGAAUGACCCAUUGCCGUUACUAUUUCUCUAUCGGCAUGAGACCAGUGCUGCACAGAGAUAUGAAUUGCUUGCUCAGAUUGAUUCUGGCGAGCUAAAUACCUUGCGUGGAAGGCUGCAUGACGUUGACGGAAACCUAACCAUAGGAUGA